GCGCUCCGCCAUUCACGUGACUCUCCAGCAGAAUGACGGAAGUCGGAAUGCGGCGUUGUAGUCUCCCAACAAUGGCCUUCACUUCAGUUUUAUUAUUUAUCUGCUCGAUUUAUAGCUGCUAUGCUCAAGUGCCUCUUGUCAUGUGGACCAGUGAUGGGUCCAGCAUGCCACAUCUGGCUGAAGCUGCAGCUGGGCACACAGUGUCUGGUGGGCAGCUGGUGUCUUAUCUGAGAUCUGCCUUGUCCACUGCUCCACACAAUGUGCUAGUCUUCCUACAGGAUAAGCUAAGUAUAGAAGACUUCACCAUGUACGGCGGAGUGUUUGGAAACAAACAAGACAGUGCCUUUUUAAAUGUAGAGUCAGCACUUCAGGCAUCCUCUAGUCCGCUGGUGUUGUCAGCUCUGGACUGGACUGCAUCACACUCAGUGCUGGAUCUGUUCCAGAAAGAGCUGAGCGUCUCAGCAGUGCACAUCGACACAAACACCCUGAAGGAGAUGAAGCUGAACAGCACACAGCCUUUGCUGCUGGCAGUCCGUCUCCCGUACACUGCUGGGUCUCAGUCAAAGGAAAUGCUAUUGAAAAAUGAUAUGAUCAUCGGAGAGGUGCUUGACAUGUUUAAAUCUCAGGAUGUGCCUUACACAGCAGUAUACACCGGCCUGAAGCCCUCAAGAAUGAUUGAGGACACUCCAGUGAUGGCAGGAGUUUCUGUGGGCCGAUCGCUGCUUCAGACACCUCCUCAGCAAACUGUGAAACCUCCACUAGUCUACAACAACACAGCGGGACAGCCCUGCAUCAUGCUGUGGGCCGACACGCUCCUCGCUACUUACGCCGGGAACCAGGCUGAUCUAGCAAGAAACAUUUUUAAUAGUUCCGUAGACACCACAGGUUCCUUUUGCAACGAAACCGUGUCAAGACUUGUCCUGAAUUACAGAAACAUCCUGAAUUUGCAGUCUCUCCAGCUUAUCUUCUCCAUGAGCAAGAUCUUCUUCCCCGUUUCUGCUCGCAACUGGACUGUGAUGGAUCAGGUUGUGCUGGAGUACGAUGGACAGAGAGCCAUCUUUAACGCCAGCGCCGGCAUCAACACUCCAGCCGAAUACUCUUUCCGCUGCCAGACUGUGAGCAGCGUUCAGAGCCCCCUGCUGGUGCCACGCAAUGCCACAGACAACGCCACCCAAUGGACUCUCACAUUCAAUGAUUUUCAGAUCCAGAGCUUCAGCGUGACGGGAGAUUCGUUCGCGUUUGCCAGUGAUUGCGCAGGGUUCUUCAGUGUGGGCAUCUGGAUGGGUUUGGUGAUUUCUCUGCUCAUGCUGCUCAUCCUCACCUACGGCCUGCAUAUGAUCAUGCAGCUUCGCACCAUGGACCGAUUUGAUGAUCCUAAAGGGCCGGCCAUUUCAGUGCCUCUGAGUGAGUGAUUCAAGACUAAAAAUGCUGUCAAAACUGUUGAUUUGUGUGGAUGUUGAGGAAUGCAUCCAGCCUUUAAUGUGGUUGGCAAUCAGGAAUUUAUGGAUCAAACAUGAGUAUUUGAUUUAUUUAAGAGGGUAGAAUCAAAUGCAAAGUGUUUUUCAGAUUUUUUGUGUUGUUGUCUUGUAAAAAAGAUGUGAAAAUAAAUAAUUCCACCACUUUCUAUAUCAUUUGUAAAGUAAAAUAUAGUUUUUAAUUGAUACUAACUUUGCAGAAAAGGUUCUAUACAUUAACUGAGUGAUAUGCAAUAGAUAACAUGAGAUAACAAUGGACAGUCUUUUACAGCAGAGCUUCUGUCUUACAUGCGCAUAUGUGUGUGUAAAUCUGUACAUAUGUAACUGAUGUAGAUUAAUAAACGCUGUUCCUGAUGUUAAUGAAUUGAAUCCUACUGUAAAGUUUUACCAACACAUUUCAGUGAACAUGCGUGCAUGUUUAUCUGUCUUAGAACAUCUCUGGCGCUGUUCAUUUUAGGGCUGUCUUCUAAAUCUGCUGGUUUAUUUCUCAUGUUGUGCUGGAUGUUUGAAGAUUUGUCAAUCUUUAAUUUAGCUAAUUGUACAAUUUAAGUGCCUAAAGUGAAAAGGUCGCUGCAUGGAAAAAAUAAAGUGCUUAAUAAUAAAAUAAAAACAUUAGCAAUUAAGCGAAAUAGUUUUAUUGGUUAUUAGACUAACGAAAGUGCCAAAAACGUCCAAUAUUAUGCAAUGUUUGAAUUCACGAGAUGCCCAAAACUGUGUAAAAAGCUUCAAGUUGAAGAGGUUUAUAGUUGAUGCUAAAUGCAAUGUGCCUUGUUUGUGCAACUGGAUGUAAAUGUGUUCACUAUAUUUAAUAAAUGUAUGUUUGUGUGUUAUAA